UCAGGGGGAGGGGGGAGACUAGCCUCAUUACUUCCCACUGGGCGAGAGGGGCACCUAACCCACCUACCCACUCAUCAAUCACGGUGUUUUGCACUGAUAGACCCCUAUUGUAUUGGAAUUAGGUUAGCCUUUCUUUUACACUUUAGAACACGCAAAAACUUCAUACUAUGGCAGAAGCUUCCAAUUUCCUGGAAACUGAACGGAUUGCAGUUGUGACUGGAGCCAAUAAAGGAAUAGGAUUAGAAAUAUGCAAACAACUAGCUUCAAAGGGGAUAGUGGUGAUCUUAACAGCUAGAGAUGAGAAGAAAGGGGCUGGAGCUAUUGAUAUGUUAAAGGAGUCUGGCCUCUCAAAUAAUGUCAUUUUUCAUCAGCUUGAUGUGACUAACAUUUCUAGUAUUGCAAAAGUCAAAGAUUUCAUCAAGGCCAGGUUUGAUAAGCUUGAUAUCUUGGUGAAUAAUGCAGGAGUUCUUGGAAUGCUUAUGGAUAAAGAUGUUAUUAUAAGUCCAGAACAAGACUUUUUCGUUGAGAAGUUAAAGGUAGCAACUCAAACUUGUGAUCUAGCUGAAGAAUGCAUGCAGACAAAUUAUUAUGGGGCAAAAUGGAUGAUUCAAGAAUUAUUACCUCUACUUCAGUUAUCAAAUUCACCACGUAUUGUCAAUGUCUCUUCCAUGGCUGGACAGUUGAAGUUUGGCAUAAUUUUGUUUCAGCAUGUUCGCAAUGAAUGGGCUAUAAGAGUGUUAAGUGAUUCUGAGAAUCUAACAGAAGACGGAGUGGAUGAGGUUUGGAAUGCUUUUCUCAAAGAUUUCAAGGAGGGUUUGUUGGAAAGCAAAAAUUGGCCUCCAAUUUCAUCUGCUUAUAUACUUUCCAAAGCAGCCCUAAAUGCCUACACAAGAAUAUUGGCCAAGAAAUACCCAAAUUUUCUCAUCAACUGUGUUUGUCCGGGUAAUGUGAAAACUGAUAUAAGUUUAAAUUGUGGCACAUUAAGUGUUGAAGAGGGUGCUGAAAGUCCUGUUAGGCUUGCUCUGUUACCUCAAGGAGGCCCAUCAGGAAACUACUUCAUUAGAAAAGAGCUCUCAUCUUUCUAAUAGUUUGGUUUGCGCCUAUAUAUGUUGCUUGGGACCUUCCAAAAAUAUAUAGAUUUUGAAAGAUCUGACUCAUGUACUGCAAAAUUUUGAACAAUCUAAGCAACAUAGCUUCACAAACAAAGUUAUGCUUGAUAUAUUUUAAUUUGAAUAUUGUAAUACAUAAGUUAAUAAUUAUUGGAUUAUUUAUUGCAUAUA